GGACUACAAACAAGAUGGCCGCGGACUACCAAGCGUAAUAAUUCUGACCCACUUGUUAUUUUCUGACAGUAUAAGCUUGUGUUUGGAAGUUGCUGGCAGAAAUGGGUUUAUCACAGAGCUCAGAGGUGUCCGAGGGAGGGACCUAUGGAUACCACGUGCACGGCGUUCAGCCAAAUUCUCCUGCAGAAAAAGCGGGACUGCAGCCGUUCUUUGACUUCAUUCUGUCUCUGGACAACAACAGACUGAACGAGGAGAACGAGCUGCUGAAGGAGCUGCUGAAGGCCAACAUGGAGCGGGCGGUGCUGAUGCAGGUGUUCAGCACCAAGACCAGCCGGCUCCGGGAGCUGGAGGUGGUUCCCAGUAACAUGUGGGGGGGCCAGGGCCUGCUGGGGGCCAGCGUUCGCUUCUGCAGCUACCAAGGAGCCAACGAGAACGUCUGGCACGUUCUGGACGUAGAACCCAGUUCUCCUGCUGCAUUAGCAGAACUUCAGCCUCACAGUGAUUACAUCGUGGGAGCAGAUCAAGUGUUACAAGACUCCGAAGACUUCUUCUCUCUGAUCGAGGCUCAUGAAGGGAAACCACUGAAGCUGCUGGUUUAUAACACAGAGACAGACGACUGUAGGGAGGUGGUGGUCACACCCAACGGAGCCUGGGGGGGGGGGGGCAGUCUGGGCUGUGGUAUUGGUUACGGCUACCUGCACCGAAUCCCAGCACAACCUGAGGCCUCGACGGAGAAACCUCCCAGUCCUGAAACUGGUCCUGGUCCUGAUCCAGUUCCUGAGGAGGACCCGUCUCCAGAGCUGCCCACUCACGGAUUCACAGAGGCUCCUUUGAUGGCUCCUCCCAGUCACAGUGAGGAGCUGCUGGACCAGGAGCAGGUCACCCUGCAGGAGGCUCCUCUACCUCCUCCACUCCACAGAGUCAUGGACCCUGACUGUGAAGUGGCGGUGAUGAACCCGGACCCUGCAGACCUGGUGGACAGACUAGAACUGUCCAUGUCCUCCAUCGACAUGACCAACACGUCUCUGACCAUGCACGAGGAGAAGGACGGGGACAUGUCUGGUGUUGAGGAGCUGGAGGACAGCGUGCUGCUGUCGUCAUCAGCAGACAGUCAGCCUGAAGCAGCUGAUCUCAGCUCUGGAGGAGCCGUGGACCUCCUCCUCCUCUCCUCCUCCUCCGCUCUCACCUCCACCGACACCAGUGACUCCGGCGUCCCCCCGGUGGGGCCGUCCCUCCUGCUGGAGGCCACAGAGUCCUCAGAGCUGCCCGGCUCUCUGAGUGACGUUAGCGGUAGCCCGAGUCCCCCGCCGUGUGAACCGGCCCCCCCUCUAGAGACCCCAGAGCCUCCUGCUGAGCCUCCUGUCCCCGCUGGAGACCCUCCUUCUCCUCCUGUGGAUCUCUUCCAAGCUCCUGCUGCUGACGACUUGAUGGAGGACGAUUCUGCUGCUCAGGGCGCCGCGGACGGAGACGCUGCAGAGAGCGUGGCAACGGCAACGGAGGAGCCUGCAGAGCCUCUAGAUGUUGCUCCUCCUGCUCAGGAGGAGCUAGAAGAGGAGCUAGAGGAGGAACCGUGAUCUGAGUAAGCUUCCAUCAGGCUGUACAACAUGCAAUGACAAUCACUGGGGCUUUAAAAAAAACAGAAAAACACUAUAGGAAAUACUGGAAAGAUAGAAGAAACAGCUGAUUUUAAUAGGGAAAGUCCUCCACGAAGCUCAUUCUUCAGGUUAGUUACACUACAGAAACCAGCUGAAGCUUUUAGACCACAAGUAGAAAAAUACUUAGAGGCUCUGUAGGAAUAUUCUAUUUGUUUUUAUAUGUGUGGGAAUCUAAAGUUACUGAUCGUUUGUACACUGAGGAGGUCAUCAUGUCAACAUGCUGGUGCAGGUUUUAGAUCAUACGGGUGAGGAGACGUUGCUUCCGCUACUCGAGUGAAUACUUGAAGACUUCCAAAGACAAACACAUGUUUUACUACAGCGAGAGCACAGAAGCACCUUAAUAUCCACAACACUAAAACACUAAUCCAGUCUGAGGAGCGGCCAGGUGGUUGUCACAGUCUCGUGGUGCAGUGUGACGUCUGUUGUUAAAGUGAUGAUUCCCUCAAAAACAGAGCUGAAGAUCACAGGAGGGAAACUUUUACAGUCGGAUUUUUAAUUGUUGGCAUGAGGGAAAUACUCGUCUUGAGUCAGUGCAAGUUUUUAUAUCAGAUCUGAUGAGGUCAGUUUGUUUUAAACAGUCUUUGAUUUGAAUUGAAUUGUUGGGAGAAAAAAAAAACAACUGCUUUUACUGUUUUAUCGCUGGAAUUAUGUCUCUUUAAUGCUAUUACUUUCUCAUUUUUUGUGAACUAUGCAACAGUAGACAAGCGCAGGUAAUGUCUAAACUAGUGAUGUCCAAAAGAAGCUUCAUGGACCAUUUUCUAUAUUUUCUGAGCCCACUAGAUGGCGCUCUCUGUCCAACAAAGCACACUGAAUCAGCCUGUCUUUGGGUCUUUAACCCAUUGAAGCCUGGAAAGCGGAUACGUCGUUUUGUAGUAUUUGUAUAAGCUCUCAAAUACCUUUUUGAAUUUCAUUUCUAUCUGCUACAGAGGCUGAAAAAUCUAUUAUUUAGUAGAAGAGUUGACACUUUUUUUCCCAGAAUUUCCAGGAAAUUAGAGGCUUAUUUUAAAAUCGCCCAGCGAUUUUUCAGGCCUCAAUGGGUUAAACCAACAACGCCAUCUAGUGGAGUCAACAAAUACAACUAAUUCAGGUUCAUGAAGCUUCAUUUGGACAUCACUAGUCUAAAUAAUCCAAUAGAUGAACUUUCACUUACAGUAAGAAGUCUGUAACAGUGGCGACGUUUACAUGCACACAGAUAUUCCUCCAUUAUUCAGAAUGUGACAGAAUUCAGACAUAAACCUGCUUUUAUAUUACAAAUUUGGCCUGAUUUUGAAUGUAGCAUUUUCCAGAUUAAGGUGUUGAAUUGCCGAUUUUAUUCAGGCUUAUUCAAAAUAUGAGUCUCGAUUAUGGUUUUGAUGGCAGUGUUUGUGACACAUGGCCUGGAAAAAUGAUUCGGCCAUCUUUUUCUUCAGUUUCUUGUUCAUUUUAAUGUCUGG